CGUCGUGAUCCGGAGAAUGUGCUAGAUCGCCUAAGCCCCGGGAUACACGUGAAUAAAAGAGAGAAAAAAGAAACGAGACGGACGGCUGUUUUAAAUAAUCUGCGCGUCUUGCCUCGCGCCUCGAUUUUCACGAAUCGCAGCAAGCAUAUUUAUUAAAGAAAAAAGAAAACCGAGUCCCUCCCCUCCUACCAUCGAAAGCGCGCGUUUGUUUUUUUACUUUUUUUUUCGUUAGAUCGCUUCGAGAGACGCAGAAUUUUUUUCUUGCUCAACGAUUUCAACGAAUAUACGCAACUAAGUGCUCUCUCGACCGGACAUUUACAUAUUUUUUCAAUUUUUUUUUAUUUUGUUGUACGAUCACUGCGGGCUCUUGCGUGUUUUCAUACUUCACGGUAAACGCCGACCAUGUUUGGUGUUUACGCGGCGAGGGGAAAAUUUGGCUGCUGCUGCUGCUUCUACUCUGACGUCACAGCACACGCCGAACGCGAUUCGGCAUAGAUCCAACGUGUGCGUUGUGUAUGGUGGUUGUGUGCGUGUGCGCGCGCGCACACGAGAGAGCGAGGCUAGUUCGAUGAAUAGCCGCUAGAGGCGUCAGUUGGAGGGCGAGUCUCGCUACCGGGAGAGAAAAGUGUACGGAUUAUAAUACAGUGGCAGCACUAACUGGGUACCGUACGUAAAGAAAAUCCGUGAAAAAGAUUAUUCUUCAGUACAAAAUGCACUCGCAACCAAGUAUACACACCAUUAGCGACGCAUAAAUGUGCAAGACGUAACUUUGUUUCAUUAAUUCGAGUCACGCGUACGCGUUUUUUCUUCGUGAAAGCAACAUAUGUAUAUGUAUAUAGAUGCAUACAUAAAAAUAUAAAAAAAUAUAAGUAUACAUGUACGAAUGUAUACGUAAAAUACGACAACCACGCAUCAGUGCGCGCUGUAUUUAAUUAUCUCCCGAUGGGAGGACGUGCGUAUACGAGUUUUCUACUCGCCGGUCCCGACCAUCUGGCAAACAUCCUUGUUUUCUCACCGAAACAACCGGACCGUGUGCGAUUUACUCUCGAAUAAUACAUUUUUUUAAUCGUCGUCCAUUGCUACUAGUGUCACUUUUUUCCCUCUUUCCGACUUUCGAUAAACUCAACCUUCUCCACCCCCCACUUUCAAUCACAUUGGCGCUCCCCCCGGGGGUGGCGUUAACCCACCAAUCGUAACGUUCUCAACAAAACGAAAACAACGGGGAAAAGUAGACGAGAAAGACAAGGAACAAGCUACGUAAACUCUCACAAAAAUAACGAAUGAUGUUGCGUGGGAAAAUCAUCGAAAAUGCCUGCGACGUCCGUUUCACUCGCGGGGCCAACGGAAAACUUCUUUGCAUGCGACGGCGUCUAAACACAACGUGCAACAAUUGAAACCGUUGGAAGAAGAAAGAAAAAAUAGAAAAAAAACGAUUACCAAUAACGUAACGACAUUUUUUCGUAUUUUUUUUUUUCACUUCGUUGUUCCGCGUGUUUGACGAGACAAUUUUUAUGAUCCACCUGUUCGAUACGGAAAAUCGCGAGUGGGGGUGGGGUGUCAACGGGUUUUUACGGAAAAAACGUCAAAACUACGAACGCGAGAGGCACGACUUUACCAAUCAUGGAUCUCGGCGACAGGGUUUAUGCCGCUGAGCGAAUUACGAAAAAACGUGAAAAACGAGGGAAAAUCGAGUAUUUCGUCAAAUGGAAGGGUUGGAGCAAAAAACACAACACAUGGGAGCCAGAAGAGAAUAUACUGGACAUGAGGCUAAUAGAGCUGUACGAGGAAAGCCAAAAGGGAAACGAUGUUACAACCAGGAGGCCGAGACGACGAGACACAAGAUACAGUGAGCAGGUUUUGGCGAAUUUGGUCGUGAAAGAAGAACCUGGUGGUGACGAGAGAGUCGGUGAGGAUAGUCAAGAUGAAUCGACGACCGGGAGUACAGUGGCACCGCGAUUAAAUCCGAUUGUGCCGGACGAAGACACGGUCGCUAGUUCCCUUGAUGGUCACGAAUCUCCAGCACCCCCGGAAUUGUCAGCUUCGGCUUUCAGCAUCGAUUCCGAGUGUUCGAACAGCAGCGUUGAUAUUCCACUCCUACCAAGACCCGAGCCAGCUGGAACUAAAAGAAAAGCUGAAGUCCUCAGUAAAGAAUCCGGCAAAAUUGGCGUUACAAUUACGACAAGUAGUCCAAGCAGCGCCAGUGGAAGUCCACCGCCCAAUAAAAUACCUCGUUUGCUUCCCAUCAAGGGAACAAACCCUCCUGCCGUUUCACCACCUUACCUCAACAAGGUAAACGGAAGAAGGCCCUCGUCGUCAUCGAGCGUAAAAUCAACGCCGGAGGAGCCAUCGCCAGCGGUGCCAACAACUCCAGCGCCUGCGCAGCAAGACAAGAAAAGGCCGGAAGCGGAUGUGCCACGUGGACCAGUGCCGUCACUGCCGCGUGUACCGGCAGUCGCAGGAGGGGGUGGAGGGGCACCGGUGUCGCCGGUAACGGUGGCGGCUUCGGGUACGGGAUCGUCGAUGGAUCAUAUGCCGAUCGCGGCGGUGGAGCAACAAACGACAACAGCGACGACGACAACAACAGCAACAACAACGACGACGGCGACGGCGACAGUGACGGGGAAGAAGCGACCGUUAGAGCAGAGCAAACUGAACAAAACGUCGAACGGUGGUUUGUUACACGUGACAAAGCAGGAUCCGAGUAACAACAGCUUCAAAUCGACAAGUCCAAGCGAUUCUUACACGAAUAACAACAGGUUAGGGUCGAUUCCCAACGGCCAUCACAAUUCUAUUAUUGCAGACAGCAACGACGUCACAAUGGCCAAAGCAACGCUCGGUAAGCACCGGAACAAUGGUAGUAGUAGCGCAAGCACCCCGGCAGGCAACAAUAACAACAAAGGCGACGAAAGGAAUGCUCCUGAGCAAGACGAGAAUCGCCGAGAGAAUGAAAUCGAAAAUGAAGAGAUCAUUAACGAGCGGAAUAGUCGUGACGACAACGAUCUUACCAUCAAAAAUAACAAAAACGAUAUCACGAGAACUGACGUUUACGUACCGCUCACCAGCCCCGGUACUGAUUACUGGCUUGCACGUAAUCCCGUCGCUGAUCAGGUAUUCAUCACAGACGUUACGGUCAAUCUUAAAACCGUUACGAUCAGGGAGUGCAAGACUGAAAAAGGAUUCUUCCGGGAGAGGGAUCCCAAAAGCGAUAUUUACUGAAAUUAAUCUGCCCGCGAAAUGUAUAAAGAGACAGAUUGAUGAAAAGCUCGAAGAAUUAAUCGAAAUGAAUUUGUAAGAAAUGAAACUAUAUCGGGGAAACAGACUUGACGAGAAAACGUCACCGCGUUACUGAGCAUUGAUUUGUACCUUAUUUCUCUACUCUAUUUCUUUUUUAUCUUCCCUUGUACAUACUGAACUAUAAAUUAUUGCACUUUUUUUCCGAGGCUCGCACUUUUUCUAUAUUUUAAUUUUUUUUUCUUUCUUUUUAGAGAGAGGCUAUGUUUGCCAAUCGUUGUAUUAGCAGAAUUUAAGAGAUGACUCUCAGUCAUUACGAAUGUUCAACACGCUUCUCGUUCGUUCUCUUAUCGGAAUGAAUCCUCGCGUUUUCUGAUAUUUGAAUCACGAGUGUACAUAUUAUGUAUUCACACACAUACACACAAACACUAUAUAUAUAUAUAUAUAUGAUAUAUAUAUUUCUCCGAAAUACCGACGAUCUUUCACACUAAUUGGUCCGGUAAAUUUUUCUUGAAUUCCUCAUUUUUCGUUCAAUAGCCCUGUGUACUAUACGCUCUGUAAAAUAGUAUCGUAUUAAUUGGAUUGUUAUAUAUGUACGUUAAAUUCGAUGUACAUGGUCGCGACAUACUCAUAAAAUUGUAAUUUCGUUGAGUACUCGAAGAAUCCAUCGUUCGAUUAUACCUGAUUCUAUUUUAUUGAUUAUUAUUUCUUGCGAAGGUUUUUUUUUUGUUGGAAAAAAGUGUCAACGCAAAACGAAACAUUUGGUGGGAAAACAUGUUUUUCCUUGUUUUUCAAUUUUUGUUUUCCAAGUUUUUUUUGUAUAUAUAUAAAGAAUUGAAUUUAUUCAAGGAAUUGAUUCUUUGAAAAGGUGUUACAUCGGUGGAUCAAACGAGGAACCCUCCGAGAUCGAACAAGCAUUUACAGUUCUAGAUUUUAACGAUCCCCAAUCGGACACUUUACUCUUCUCAGCAUUGCAUCGUUCCACACAGCAAACACACGAACACACACACACACACACACACACACACACACACACACACACACACACACACACACACACGAACAGACACGCAUUUUUAUUUCGAAAUUUCAGUAAUAUUCUAAUGAAACAAGAUUUUAGGUUAUUAUUGAUUAAAAAGGACAGUGAGUCACGUGUAAACACGAGAGAGAAAGAGAAGGAGGAUAUUUAUUGUCUUAUUAUUUUGCGAAUUCAUUAAAUUAUGCGUUAUGUAUGUGUGGACCGGGGACAUUGAAAACAAAAAAACUGUUUACCAGUGCAGAACCAGUAAAUCCGUGAUAUAGAGUUUAAUAACUAGUGAAUAGUGACAAAAAGAAAGAACUACCCUUCCUGUUCGCCCCCUCCCCGCCCCUCGCUUAUUUAUUGUAAAGAAACGAAUGAUUUUUUAGAUUUUCACAUAAGCUUAGGGUUUAAGAUGCUAAUAGAUGAGAAAUAAAAAAUUGAGUGUAUGCUGCAAAUAGAUUGAUAGCAAAGUAACGAAUGCAAGGAACAAAGUAGACAAAAAUCGUGUACCACUAUUGCCCAAAGAGGAGCAAAAAUACACGGAGCCCAUAAACACAUACACACACACACACACACACGCGCGCGCGUACGGAAAAUUGAUUAAAUGUAAUUUUUGUUUUCCUAAUUAUUAUUUCACAUAAAUAUAUAUAUAUAUAUAUAUAUAUAUAUAUUUUUUUUGGGAAGGGCAUUUCUCACAAACCUAUACUACAUGUAUAAUUUGUAUAUUGCGGUGAAGAGUCCGUUGUAAAAAGUGUAAAUAGACAAAUUUCAAAUUAAAAGAAAAAAAGAAGAAAAAAUGAAACUGUUUUAAUUAUACUUUUGCGUGCGUGGUGUGUGAGUCGGGUGCCUGUGUGCGUGCGGGGAUAUAUGCGAGAUUGUGUGCGUGUAUGUAUGUGUGCGUACUACACGGUCACAUAGAAGGGAUUUGAUAAAUUUCGAAUGAAUAUCGUAAAUCAUUCUUGUACAAAUGAUUAAAAAAUCGGCCACGAGAUUUUUUUAUAUAUAUAUGAUGUAUAUUCCUUUUUAAAUAUUUAGAAAUUGAAAAUUUUCGAGGAAAAAAGAAAAAACGAGAUACACGAGUGUAACACAUGUAUUUUCGUGUACGAUAAACGCAUUUUUCGAAUAUUUUUUUUUGUUUCUACGUCUAUUUGCGUUCCAAAAAAAAGGGCUAAAACACAAAAAUUUGUUGGAAAAUUUGAGAAGCAUGCACAAUUUCGUGUAUCUCGGCGAAAAAUAAACGAUAAUAUUGCAGUCAGGCUGCUGGCUGAUCCACCCACCUUCCUUGUUCUCCUUCGAUUUCAACCUCUACACACAUAGUUAUAACUUAUGUUUAUUAUCAUUAUUAUGAUUAUUAUUAAAAUUGCCCGAUAUGUGAACCCCUGUAGUAAGGACAUACAUGCACCAAAUCCAAGCGUAAUUUUAGUUCUGUCUGGUACAGAUUAAUCCUUAUAUUUGAAUAAAAGCAUUACUUGAAUCUCUGA